AUGGAACGAAGUGCGGCGUUUUCUCGUGAGAAACCAGGCACCGAGAAGACUUUUGAUCAGGCUAAGCAAUUCAUCGAAGCUGAGUUGUCACUUAUUGGAAGCUCUUACGAAGCAGAGCAGAUGUGCCAGUCGCUCAAAGAUCAGAGAAGGCAGCUUGGACGAAAGAAGGCUCGUCUGCUAAUUCAACGGGAACGCUAUGUUUCUCUUGAAGAGCCACUUAAGAAGAGGCGUUCUACUGAGGAAGGAUCCGCCCUUUCUGCUGAGGAUUGUGAAGCGUUGAGAAAGAUUGACGAAGAUUUAGAGAAAAUUGACCAUCAACAAAUGCUGUGUAGCGAUGAGCUGAACAAACUCCAAAGAGGUUGUGGUUCCAUUGAUGUGGACAGCAGAGCAGAGUCCAGAUGGAAGGAUCUUCUCACCCUCAGUUCUGCACGCGUCUACCUGAAAGCGUUGUUCGAACAAAAAGACCACGACGAAGAGUUAGGAAUGCUGAAGGAAAAACAUCGGAAGAUUCUGAUGGAAUAUGAAAAUCAGAGAGCACAUGCGGAAAUGCAGUACAUGAAUUUGGUGACUUUGGUGAGCACCUCUAAAGUCAUUGAUAGCACUGCCGUCGAAGAAAUGAAGAAGUUACAUGACGAUAUUGAGCGAAUGCGUGAGAUUAAAGGAGAUUUGAAGAAGCCAAAGCGGCGUACAGCAUUUUUUGCCCUGUUCUGUAGUUGUUCUUCAUUCUUUAGACUGGCUUUGGGACGUUCGCGGUCAUCAUCGUGCAUGGAACGCAUGAGCCCAGUUACCCUAACAACUGAAGAGGAACGCCGCACACGCUCUUCUCGUCAUGUGCUCAGGGACAGAUUUGGAAAUGUCAAAAAUCCUAUCAAGGAGGUAGAACCUGGCUCAGAGGAAGAUGAUAGCAUGUUAGACGUCUCUUCUAUUCACGCUAGGAGAACGACAAGUCGGAAAAGGAGAACGAGAGUGGUGUACAAUGCCAUGGACCAAACCUUUGUUGUGAGUGAAUCCGUGGGGAGUUCAGAAUGCGGGGAUUCCAGAAGUGCGGUGAGUGAAGUUUCUGAGCAAUGUGUAACUACGGUGAUGUGGGGAAUCCUGCGAGAAGAGCUACCUUGGUGUCCGGGCUUGUUCCUCAUAUCGAUGUCACACUUGGUCCUUUACCAUCGUCCUGAAGCGCUGACAUGCAGACUUCGACUCCUGUAUAUAAAUGGAUACAGACAACCGGAAGUCCUUUCCGGCUUGGACACCCCCGGAAAUUAUAGCAGCUUACUCGGAGAAGGGUUGGUAGUCAUCGAUGAGCUGCACAUGGUCUACGACUCAUCGCGGGGAAGUGUUCUAGAGUCGCUAUGUGCGAAAAUCAUGCUGUGGAAUUCACGCUUGGCUCAGUUCAAGAAGCGAAUGAAUGAAAUGAAGAAAUUGGAAAAGCAAAAGCAGCAAAGCGAAGAAAUGCAGAAGCGAAUGCAAGCUGAAAUCGCAGCUCUGAAACAGGCGAAGGUACGAAUGGUGAAACAGCAGAAGGAAGAAGCGGAGAAGUAUCGGCAGUGGAAGCUGAAACAUGAUAGAGAAUUGAUUCAAGUGAAACAGAAGGAACGUAAAAGAGAUUUUGAAGCAGCUCGUGAAAAAAGGGCACAUGAUCAGCAAAUGCUCGUGUGUAAGCAGAAGCUGGAGGAGGCAAAGAAUGUUAACAAGCGCCUGCUGGCUCAAAUGGAACGAAGUGCGGCGUUUUCUCGUGAGAAACCAGGCACCGAGAAGACUUUUGAUCAGGCUAAGCAAUUCAUCGAAGCUGAGUUGUCACUUAUUGGAAGCUCUUACGAAGCAGAGCAGAUGUGCCAGUCGCUCAAAGAUCAGAGAAGGCAGCUUGGACGAAAGAAGGCUCGUCUGCUAAUUCAACGGGAACGCUAUGUUUCUCUUGAAGAGCCACUUAAGAAGAGGCGUUCUACCGAGGAAGGAUCCGCCCUUUCUGCUGAGGAUUGCGAGGCGUUGAGGAAAGAUUGA